AUGAAGUAUGAAGGCUCACAUUUUCAAUGCAAGGUAAGCAUGUGUUGUCUGGAUGGAGGGACCGUGACACAGGGGUGUCAAUUAUAUGUUGUAACAUUUUAGAAUAUUGUUAUUAUAUGUGUAUAUAGCUAUUUUAUAUUUUAGUUGUUGUUAACAAUUCUUUUUGAAGAACCCCUGUUGAAUUGAGUACCACAACAACAACAAACAUGGUUGCAUUUCUUCUUUUUUUUCAGGAUUCUCCCAAGGCUCAGACAAGGCGAACGAUCGAAUGCUGUGGGACGGACUUCUGUAAUCGGGACCUGCAGCCCACGUUACCUCCCCCAAUGGACACUGGUGAGGCUUAGGGCCAACUAUGUUCCUCUGUAUAAUGGCCCCAGUAGGGUAUUCUUGAGCUGGUAUAUCAGGGUCUGAGACUUAAUUUCAUUUGGGGACUCGGGUUGUUUUGCAGGUUCCUACUUUGGCAGUGCCCACUGGCUGGCGUUCCUUAUAUCAAUGACUGUAUGCUGCUGCACUCUCAUCUGCAUCACGGUAGUCUGUUACUACAGGUAGGACUACUGCAGAGAAGAGCUUACACAAAUCGAGAUUCCAACUUUCUUUCCAUAUGUAUAUGGGAAUUGAGUCCUGGUUAACCUAACUUGUGGUAGAAUCAAAGUCAGUCACCUGUUGGUGUCAGUUAGCAUUUCUAUGAAUACUUUCAUGGGUUUGUGACUAAGUAGGACUGUUUGGUCCUCUGUAGCUCAGCUGGUAGAGCAGGGCGCUUGUUACGCCAAGGUAGUGGGUUCGAUCCCCGGGACCACCCAUACACAAAAAUGUAUGCACGCAUGACUGUAAGUCGCUUUGGAUAAAAGCGUCUGCUAAAUGGCAUAUGAAAAAAAUAAAGUCAGAUUGUUGCUACAUUACUGCGCUUGUCAUUCAUCUAUUGUAGCUUUAGCAUGUGUGCCCUGUACUGAUCUGUGUGUGUUCCUGUCAGGUACAAGUGGCAGACGGAGCGGCAGCGGUACCAUCGGGACCUGGAGCAGGACGAGGCCUUCAUCCCUGUGGGAGAGUCUCUCAAAGACCUCAUCAACCAGUGCCAGUCAUCUGGCAGUGGCUCUGGGCUCCCCCUGCUGGUAAGGACCCCACACUGCACAGGGAGGGGCUUUGGAGCAUGUGACCUGGGUGAAAAGCCUUUGGCUAUGGUUAUAUAAUAGGCUGCUCAAAAUGUGACUUCUGCUUUCCAGGAAAGUGUAACUGCAGUUUUGUGUGUGUCUUUGGCCAUAGCUAGGUUAUAGUAGGUUAAGUGAAAUUGUAAAUUAUAAACUGGGUGGUUUGAGCCCUGAAUGCUGAUUGGCUGACAGCCGUGGUAUAUCAGAUCAUAUACCACGGGGGUAUGACAAAACAUUUAUUUUUACUGCUCUUAUUACGUUUGCAACCAGUUUAUAAUAGCAAUAAGGCACCUCUGGGGUUUGUGGUAUAUGGCCAAUAUACCACGGCUAAGGGCUGUAUCCAGGCACUCCGCAUUGUGUCGUGCUAAGAACAGCUCUUAGCCUUGGUAUAUUGGCCAUAUACCACACCCCCCCGGGCCUUAUUGCUUAAUUAUAACACAUCACAGGCCUUAGGAAGCAAAAUGUCUGGCUUGCAACAGCAAAUACCACCUAAAAGAACGAACAAAUAGUAAAGGUUGUAGUAGGUAUGAUCUGUGGUAAGCUACUCUUGAUCUGAUAUAUAUAUGCUCAAUGCCUCUCUCCCUGGUGUGUAUUUUAGGUGCAGCGCACCAUUGCCAAGCAGAUCCAGAUGGUGCGUCAGAUCGGCAAGGGGCGCUACGGCGAGGUGUGGCUGGGUCGCUGGCGGGGAGAGAAGGUGGCCGUCAAGGUGUUCUUCACCCGGGAGGAGGCCAGCUGGUUCAGAGAGACCGAGAUCUACCAGACAGUCCUCAUGAGGCACGAGAACAUACUAGGUAAGUGUCAUUCCUACCACUAACUUGUAGCAAAGACGAAUGCUGUCUCUGCCUCCAUCUAAACCAUAUACUGCCGUUUGCAGUUUUCUUUCUAAAUUGAUCUAAAUUAGUCUGAAUCUAAGUUUAAUGUAGAGAGUCUUGAUUGACUGAGAUAUAUAAUCUUGGAGUGUUUUUAUGCCUACAUUUGUCCUUAUACAUACGUGGCUGAGGUCAACUGUCAUGUAUCAGGGCAACGCCUACAUCUCACUACAGCACUAAACACCCCUCACCUCUCUUCUCACAUCUGCAGGUUUCAUUGCGGCAGACAUCAAGGGUACUGGGGCCUUCACACAGCUCUUCCUCAUCACAGACUACCAUGAGAACGGCUCCCUGUAUGACUACCUGAAGUUCACCACGCUGGACACCCAGAGCCUGCUGCGACUGGUCUACUCUGCUGCCUGUGGCCUGUGCCACCUCCACACAGAGAUCUAUGGCACCCAGGGCAAGCCGGCCAUCGCCCACCGAGACCUGAAGAGUAAGAACAUCCUGAUGAAGAAGAAUGGCACCUGCUGCAUCGCCGACCUGGGCCUGGCCGUCAAGUUCAACAGGUAGGAUACUGCUCAGUCAUGGAGGUUUUAAACAAGGUUCUCUUUAUUAGGCACCAAAAUAAAGAACUGACAAACAGGGAGGGGGAGUACCUGAACUUGUCCAAUGAGCAACAAUCAUUUUGUGUUGCCCUAAUAUACAAAACCCAUGUUUUCACUUAUGGCUGUUCUUCUGAACAGUUCUGAACUGUUGUUUCUGGGGCACCUUUGACUAUUUCCCUGUAGGUUAUUCUGAAUUCCUGUUCUUCAACCUCUUGUCCUCAGUGAUACCAACGAGGUAGACGUCCCUCUGAGUACACGGGUGGGGACCCGGAGGUACAUGGCCCCAGAGGUGCUGGACGAGACCCUGAACAAGAACCACUUCCAGGCCUACAUCAUGGCUGAUAUAUACAGCUACGGUCUCAUCAUCUGGGAGAUUGCCCGCCGCUGUAUAACAGGAGGUACGGGACACACACACACACACACACAUACACACACACAUACACACACACACACACACAUACACACACACACACACACACACACGUGUAGUCAUGAAUCUACAGGCAUACCGGUAUUUAUGUACACAUGAUACUGGCAUUCCAUACCAGUCACUACAAAAGCAGUAAUGGGCAUAAGAUUUCAGCUGUUUAUGAAAAGUACUACACUGACGGUAUUGUUGAACCAGUGUUCAUUUGCACACCGUUAUCUCUCUCUCGUCUCUCUCAGGUAUAGUGGAGGACCACCAGCUGCCAUACUGUGAUAUGGUACCGUCAGACCCGUCCUUUGAGGACAUGCUGGAGGUGGUGUGUGUCAAAGGGCUGCGGCCCACCGUGUCCAACAGGUGGAACAGUGACGAGGUGAGUCUGAGGGUGGGGCUAGCCACGAAUGUCACCAUCUGUGUCACUGCGAGGACAUGAUGUAUCAGGGCAAUAUUGUUUUGACUGCACACUGAAGAGCAUAUACUUUGCAUUUACACAAAGGUGAUUAUCCAAUUCUAGCAGUGUUAGAGAAUGCAUUUGCAUUUAGUAGCGUAAGCAGAAGGAAAAACAACUCCUAAAAUGGUGUGUGUUUUCUCCACAGUGUCUGAGGACCAUGCUGAAGCUGAUGUCUGAGUGCUGGGCCCACAACCCCGCCUCGCGCCUCACCAUCUUACGAGUCAAGAAGACCCUGGCCAAAAUGGUGGAAUCACAGGACAUCAAAAUGUGAUAUUUUACCCCUACAUACUCAUCACAGCCUGACCGAGAGCCAGAACUCCCCAGUGUGUCCUAAUGUCAUGAUGCAGAAUGUCACCUCUGUUCAGGAGGCGGGGGAGGAGAAAGGGGAUGGGAGGAAAAGGAUCCUGUCACAGCGCCUUGGGCAUUGAGCCUCAACCCUCAUGAAUCUCUAUAACCACAACGGACAGAUGCUGCUACAGAGGUGUGUUUUGACUAAAGGAAACUGUGUAGGUUCACUCUCCCACCUAUUCCCUCCCUGGCCAGAGGAGUUCUUGGUUGUAGGAUGCAACGUGCUGUGAUUUAUGCUUUCUGUGAAAGCCAAAACAUGACAUGGUGUGAGGAGGGGGAGGCCAUGUUCCUGCUCACAUGUUGAUGGACAGAAAGUAAUAUGAUGUAGGAACCUUAGAGCCACACUUCAAACAGACACUGGCCUCGUAAUCGUCACCACCCGCCAAUUAUGUUCCAUUUUUGCCUGUAAACAGUUUAUGCCAAUUUCUUUCUCUUCAGGACAGUCUUCUCCUGCCAUAUUGAAAUAUAUAUCUUGACUCUUAAGUAGAGUAAUUAUGAAAUAAGGUACUAUCAUUAUAUGUGAAGUUAUAUGUAAAUAUAUUUGAUCGAUAGAUGCUGUGCCUACAAACAAAAAAGAACUAUGCCGCAAUGGUAUUCACGUCCAGUGGGCUUCAAACGCAACCUGCUUCAAGAGCUACAAGCAAUCCAGACAACCAAGGACAUUGUAAGAGGGGAGACCCCACUUGCCUUAAAUCAACGACUCACUGUGCUUCCUACAACAAACUUCAAAUCAGUAACUUCUCAAAAAAUCUAUGUUCUGUCACAUUUGACAUGAAAAGGAUGUCUGGGGCAAAAAAUAUUUGACGCAUAAUUGUAUUCAGAUGGAAAUGUGUAAAUUGGAAGUGGAUCUGUGUCCCGUCCUGUCGCUAUGCUUUCCCCUAAUUCAUAUUUGUUCCUUUCUGUGUAUAUACGGUAUGUCUUCUGGGAGGAAAGUCCAGAACACUAAACAUUGAGUCUUGUCCACAUUCAUAGAUAUUAUAAGCUUAAUUUCCCUCCAGCUCUUCUCUAUUGCUUUUAAUUCCAUGCUGAGUUAUAGAUAGAUAUUCUAUAAGUGGCCAACUUUCAUAUUGCCAAACAUCAUGUGAGCUCGGCCAUUGGACUGUGCGGUAAUGAAGACUUGUUCAUUGCUAAGGGUCUGAGCAAUUGAUUAGUAAUGGUUUGUCUUCUAGGGUACUCCAUGUCCAUUGUCAGAGGUUUGUCAUAGUGCUUACAAGAAGUCCACAUUAGUUUGGAAAAUAUGCCAUAUUUUACUAACUUAAAGUACAAAUAUAUAGCUUACUCAAUGCUAUGGUAAAUGACAGUUACUUGUGCUAAAAACAUUUGGAGCUGUAAUGCCAAUGAAGUUUGUGUUGAUCCAUCAAGCUUCCUCAGGUGUGUGUGAGAGACAGAAUUACGGCCAAGUACAGAGUGAACAUAGAGUAGAUUGCAACACUGAAGUGAAACUAGUUAGACUGUUUACUUCAGGUUGUUUCAGGACACAUGCAAAUAUAUACACAUCCGCAGGUUUCCUUAGUGAUGUUAUCUGUGGGCCAGUGCAGUGGGCAGAGCCAGCCCAUUGAAUACCAUUUACCACAAGAGCAACUGCAUUUCUACAUUUAGAUCUUUCACUUUUCAUACAGGACAGAAAAGGAAAGAUCUGAAGUGAGAACUUAAAUAAUGUCCUCAUCUGAACCACUGUCCUUACCUCUUUACAGUCUGUUUGCCAGUGUAAUGAUGACGAGGAAGCCUUGUCACAGAUUGUCCCCCUGAUAAAUGAUGGUUGAACCUCUUGCAUAGGAUCGAUGUCUUGGCCAGUGUAUUCUUCAAACGUUCUCUUCCAAGUCCCUGCUCCUAUUGUGUCUGCUGUCUCUUCUGUCUAAUGUUGGCUUUUGCUUCACUUGUGUCCAUACAAAUGCAUAAAACAACCUAUCUUGCAUAGCUUUAGCAGAGCAGUGCUUGUGGGUUUGCGCUCAUGAUGUGUGCACAUGUUGGUUAAGUGUGCAUGUCUGCUGAAAUCCUGUGUGUGUGUGUGUGUGU